AUGUACUCCUCACCACCAGGCGCCCGGAGGUCGGUGGACACGAUAUCGUCGCUAUCGCCUCCGCCCACACGCGGCGAGUUUCCAUUCCACAAACAAGGACAUGCUCACCCAAACCACACUGCGAGACGGGGCUCGACUGCGAGCUCCAUACACUCAGUCGGGGGUUCUCUCGAUACUUCAUCCAGCAGUUGGGCGACAGCCGUGCUGGAAUCUGGGCAAAACGCCAUAUCAACCCUACUCCAACCGCCCAUUGUCCGGACCGGCCUGCAGCCCCAUACAUCCGCCCCUGCUUCCAGCGCGCAUAAACCUCCGACCGCUCGCGAUAUUCCUCCCGUGACCCUGACGAACAUCCCCCAUAUCGACCCGGCCGAGUUCAAACCGUAUCUGUCGCAAGUUGGCGCUCUCUACGAACAGCUUCGGCGAGUAAAGGAACAAGAAGAAGAGCGGCCCGGCUCCUCAAGCCGUCGAUCCAGUAAACAUGACGACUUUGCAGACCCGCUUGAUGAGGGUCAUCUGAAACCCGCGGGCCGACUGCCUGGUAGACGGAAAUCGUCCAUCGCGUCAAUAGCAUCGAUAUCUUCCAUCGAUGGGCCAGGGCCAUUGCGACGCUCCAGCUCUGGAUUUAACCGAAAGGGUGGACACGGCCCGCCCCCGUUGUCAACGAUACCCAACGUCUACUUUGACGAUGACUUUCACCUGGAAAAUCCAAGAAUCUUCGACGUUGUUAGCGAGAGGUCGGAGGUUGUGCCGCCUGCACCAGGAAGUGCAGACGACAAGGCUGGCAACAACGGGAGUGUUGUAGCUCCCCGGAAGGCUUUGGCUACGAAUGCAAUCCUGCAAGAGAAACUCUCCUGGUACAUGGACACUAUAGAGGUCCAUUUGAUCAACUCCAUAUCGACUGCGUCAACGACCUUCUUCACCGCACUCGGCUCACUGCGCGAGUUGCAUUCCGAGGCUGCAGAGUCAGUGGAUCGCAUCAAAGCGCUCCGAAAGGAACUCGAGGCCCUCGACGAGGAAAUCGCAACCCGGGGCUUGAACAUAGUGCAGAAGCGCCGGCGACGAGAAAAUGUGCAAGCCCUCAACGACGCCGUCCUACAGCUUCGGCAAAUCGUCGAGGGUGUUGUUUCGUGCGAGUCUCUGGUGGAUGCUGGCGAAAUCGACAAGGCCUUGAGCAGUAUAGACACCCUAGAGCUUCUUAUAGCCGGUGAGCACGACGAAUCUCCCGAAGCGGAACCUCCUGUGCUCCCGCUGUCACGCCUGAGAGACUUGAGGGGCGCAACAGCUUUGCAAGGCGUCAAUGACGAUCUGCAGCAACUGCGGUCCCGUAUCGGGAAAGCUUACGAGUCCAAGGUACAGAGCUUGUUGCUCGCCGAUUUGCGAAGACACGUCGAGUCGGUUCAGAGCCGUGACGUUCUCCUCCGUUGGGGCAGCUCGUCAUUGCGGGCGAGGGGUGGCACCGCAAGAGACACCACUGGACCACCGGCCUAUCUCACCUCCACACAGGAACUGCGCAAAGCCAUCAUGCCGAACCUCCUCGGCCUUCAUCGGGCCCAGCACAUUUCUACUGCAAUUGCAGGCUACCGGGAGGCUGUACUGCGCGAAAUUCGGAACCUAAUUCGCCGACCGUUGCCCAGCUCCAACGAUGACGACAACGAAUCCAUGAUGUCUGCUUCAACAAUGAGCGGCGGACGAAACCUAUCCAAUCAAGAGAAAUCAUCCAUCCUGGCGAGGAACCUUCGGGCACUCGAUCCUAAAGAUGCCGAAGACCUGCUGAAGACGGUGUACAUUGGCGUCACUGAGACGCUCCGUAGGCUAACGACACAGGUCAAGGUGCUUCUCGACAUAGCGAGCUGUUUGACAGAAGAAGCUACUGCUGCUGGUCUCAAGUCGCCACCGAUACGCUCUCCCCUCGCGAGCCCAACGCCGUUCGACCGGGAAUUUCCCCGGUUCGACGACUCUCCCAGCUUCGAAGUUCAGGAGGAGAUCCACAAGGCUAUGGACAUUGCCAAUCUGGUGGGACAGGCCGUCGACGUGGCUCAAGACAAGAUCGUGAAAGUGUUGAAGGUGCGAUCGGAGCAGAGCACGCAUCUGAGCCUGACUUGGUUCCUUCGUUACUUCACACUCAAUCUCUUCUUCGCCAACGAAUGCGAGGCGAUCUCGGGACGCAGCGGCACGGCGUUGAAGACUCUGGUCAACGGCCACAUCAAGGAGUUCGUGCAGCAACACGGCGACGCGGAGAAACAGAAGCUGGCGCAGGGCAUGGAGUCGGACCAAUGGAGCGCCAAAGACUUUAACGAGAAGGACAAGGCUCUUCUUAAUCAAGUGCUCGAGAGCAGUACCAAGGACGCAGUAGCGUGGUCAGACGGCAGCAAGAUCUGGGAUGAGAACCAAGAGGAGGACGGCUUGAACGGAGCCACGACGGACCCACCCGAAACAAAUGGCACUGGCGGGAAGGAAAAGGCGCGAACUGCAGAGGUCGAGAGCGAGACAUUUCUGCUGCCCAACUCUGCCAUACUCUGCCUUGAGGGCAUCUCGCAUUUUCUUCACCUCAUCGGUGGGAUUCCGUCCAUGGCCGCCGACGUCGCCACCUCCCUCAUCACAUAUCUGCAGCUCUUCAACUCUCGCUGCACCCAACUCAUCCUCGGUGCAGGUGCCACUCGGUCUGCUGGUCUGAAGAACAUCACGACGAGACAUCUGGCCUUGGCAUCCCAGGCGUUGUCAUUCAUUGUAACAUUGAUCCCCCACAUUCGGGAGUUCGUUCGGCGGCACGCUGGCUCAGGAGCCGGUGUGUCAAGUCUGAUGGGAGAGUUCGAUAAGGUUAGGCGCCUGUUCCAGGAACAUCAGAACAGCAUCUACGACAAGCUGGUCGAGAUCAUGAGCGGACGCGCAUCGCAGCACUCCAAGUCCAUGAAGACGAUCGACUGGGACCACGACGAAGGCCAGUCGGUACACGCAUACAUGGAGACGCUGGCCAAGGAAACCACCACUCUACACAGGGUGCUGACUAAACACCUGCCGGAAACCUCGGUGCAGCUGAUCAUGGGCCCUGUCUUCGCAAGCUACAAGGACCAGUUCGGCAAGGUCUUCCAAGCCGCGGACCCAAAGACGACUGUUGGUCGUGACAGCAUGCUCCGAGACGUGGAUUUCUUCAUAGCGAAACUCGGCAAACUGGACGGGUUCCGGGACGCGGGCGAUUACUUGAAGGGCAUCGUCAACUCCAAGGAGAUUAAGAGCGCCGCUGCAUCUCCACCGCCGUCGGAAAAACAGGCAGACGGCGGAUCGGAGUCAACGGCGUCGGCCAGGAAUUCGACGGCCGAGCCAGGAAGCAGACAGAGUGCAGAGGGGUCGGCGAAGGCCGAGUCGCCGCCGGCUGUCGAAGAGCCCAAGCAGGCAUCAUGA